AUGACAGUGAAAUUGACGAGAAAAGAGGUGGAAGAGCACAACAACAACAAAUCAUGUUGGUUUAUCAUCGGCAACAAAGUCUACGACGUCACCAAAUUUCUCGACGAGCAUCCGGGCGGCUGUGAAGUCCUUCUCGAGCAAGCCGGCCACGACGCCACGGAAACAUUCGAAGAUGUCGGUCAUUCAUCGGAUGCACGACAAAUGAAAGAAGAUUAUCUAGUCGGAGAUCUCGUUGAGGAAGACCACCAGAAAUACUCGUAUGACCGAAAAGCGACCAGCAACGCAUCGAAAACAGAAAAAACAGACACUCAACCCCUUCAAGACAAGCUGAUUCUCGGUGGUUUGAUCGCGGCAAUUGUUGCCUUGAUCUACUAUUUAUUCACCGCA